UAAAAAUUGUCAUUGAUUUAUAAUGACCAUAUCCCUGAUUUUAUUGAAGUGGGUGAUUCUCUGUUGUUUUAUACUUUGCAGUGUUGGCUCCUUCCACAUUAGCUUUGAAGUCAAAGGCCUUUCAACUGACACUCAGGUUAAGUGGGAGAACCUGCACUUUACACUCAACAUGUGUUUAGUACAUUCAAGCAUAACUAACCACACCUUUCUCAACACUUCACGCAACAUUUUAGUUGUGGUUCGAAACUGUGCCAUUUCUGACGCUCCUCUUCCUCUCUCUACUCAGUUCUGUCUCUGCUUACCAACCUGUCACAUAGGAGAAUCAGAGAGGCGAAAAAAACACCAAGACAAGCAAGGCGAUCGGUCACUUUUAGCGGAGUACCAGCUCCAGGACAAAGUGUUGCCAUGGUCACCACGGUGGCUUCUGCUCGGGCUUCUCUUGUUCCCAUUGGCUAAAGAUGGAAAAGCAGUUCCAUGGAAACCCUGUACAGAUCUCCUUCCUCUGGACCUCCUGUCACGGGUUCUCCCCCAAAGUGGGGAAGCUGUGUCUGGGGUUCGUAUGGUGCAGGAGGGGGGUGUGCGCGGAGUGCAGUUCUCCAGUCCCAGUGAGGCUCUCAGCUUCCCAUCCUCUCAGCUCUUCAUCAACUGUCACUUUUUUCCUCAGGAAUUCUCCAUUAUAGUGACACUCAAAGUGGCUCGCAUUGCACAAAAGAGGAGUGAAUAUAUCUUCUCCGUGGUGGAGGAGGAACAGGACCAGUUGCUGCUUGGCCUGAGAUAUUCUGCAGACAGGGUCCACUUCCUGUACAAGGGCCCGACAGGCAGAGAGCGCUUAACCUUCAGAGGGAUCCGAUUAGCAGACAGCCAGUGGCACAGCUUGGUGUUGGCCGUGAGCGGCCGCCAUACCACCCUUACCGUGGACUGUGGCUUACCUCUGGAGCUGGUUCAUGAGCGUUCAUUUCCCUCCGACUUCAAUGCAGAGGGCUCCAGAUUCUUCAUUGGCAGUUGCAAACGCUGGAAAGGCCUGUUCUCUGGUUUACUGCGACAGCUGGUUCUGUUGCCGGGAUCAGAUGGAACUUCACAAGUCUGUCCCUCCUCUAAACCCAGACUGGCUGAAAUCUCUGUACCUCCAGUUCUGUCAGAUCUGCCAGUCAAACCAUCUGGGAAUGAAGUUCUCAUGCCUCCAUACGAGGCUGAAGUUCGGGUCACCAUGGGGUCCAGCCCCCCCUGCACUAGUACUGAGCAGGGACACCUGUGGUUUAACACACUGAAGAAAGGCCUUUUCCUCUGCGAUGGUGCAGACUGGCUGCCCAUGUUACAAGAGAAAGAAAGACUGGACUAUGUAGAUGAUUAUCAGGAUCUCUAUACCAGCUCAGAGACACUCGACAUUGAGCUUUUCCAGAUUCCAUCUGUUGGCCUGUUCGCAGCCAUGGCCCAUCGGGGUGCCAAGCCAGGCUCCGCUAUCUACCAGUGGAAGGCUGGCAAGUUUGAGCUCUACCAGAACAUCAGUACCUUCAAAGCCCAGGCCUGGAAACAUUUUAAUGUUGGCAAAAAGACGUUCUUGGCGGUGUCAAACUCUGGAGGGUCUGUGGAGGGUGAGAAGGAACUUUCUGUGAUUUAUGAGUGGAGCUCCAAGAGGCUGAGGUUUGUGCGUUACCAGACCUUAGAGACCUACAGUGCACGUGAUUGGGAGGCCUUCUGUAUCCAUGAUGAUGUUUUCCUGGCUGUGGCCAAUCACAGAACAGGACAUGGCAACCACAACAUUGACAGUGUCAUCUACAGAUGGAAUCCAGGUACCAAAGCCUUUGAAGUGAACCAGACCAUUUCUACUUCAGGAGCUUAUGACUGGGAGUUUUUCACUGUAGGACCCUACCAUUUCCUAGUGGUAGCCAACGCCUUUGAUGGUUCCUCAACGCGCAUUGACUCUUCCAUCUACAUCUGGCUUGGUGGGGCUUUCCAGCUUUUUCAAACCAUCAGAACAUACGGAGCGACAGACUGGGAGAUGUUUCAGAUCGGGAACAGAGUCUUCCUGGCGGUGGCCAACGGUCACAUGCUGUACGAGAGAGGCCCGAGCCUCUAUGCUAUCAACUCUACUAUAUAUGAGUUAGACAUGACCACCAAAAUGUUCUUGAAGUUUCAGGACCUUGUUACUUACAGUGCGGUGGACUGGGAGUUCUUCACACUGGGAGACGAACAUUUUCUGGUGGUGGCCAACUCAUACGACGGAGCAUCCUACUCUUUAAACAGUAUUAUCUACAGGUGGCAAGGCUACGAAGGCUUUGUACCCAUUCACAGAUUGCCUACCAUCGGGUGCAGCGACUGGGAAUUCUUCAAAUCAGCAGAGGGCGCCUACCUGAUGUAUUCCAGCGCCAAAGUGCCACUUUCCAAAGUGUUUAAGCUGAGGACUCACUGA